CUCUGUUUACCUUCCCGGGUCAGACGUUGCUGCCGCCUCCUCCAUUGCGAGCCGGGGGCCGGGCCCAGCCGCUGCUGCUCCCCGGCGGGGUCUGUGCGGGGAGAGACCGGCACUAACCCCCCGCUCCGCCCCGGGCUCGGCCCGCACCAGCCCCCGAGCCGGAGCCCGCAGGGGCCGGUGACCUUCGAGGAGGUGGCUGUGUAUUUCACCUAGGGGCAGGGGGCACUGCUGGACCCCACUCAGAGAGCCCUCUCCAGGGACGUCAUGCAGGAGAACUACGAGACGGGGACCUCGCUGGAGGGUGUUGGGAUGGUGAAUGAGAAGGAGAAUCCACAGCGGGAAGGUGGUGAGGACGUGGGUCUGCAGGGAAUGGUAUUGGGAAGAUCAGAGGGGAAUUGUUAUGAGAAUCGUAAACCAGGAAAAGCCUGUGGAAAUCAGCGCAGGUCAGAGAGGCUGCUGGGAUACGACCCAGGGAAGAAAAUCUGUGAACCCAUAAAUGAUGGUGGAGAUUGCAAGGACCUCAAGGAAACCACAGCCCAGCAGAGAAUGCCCAUAAAAGAGAGAAAAUACACAUGCACCAAGUGUGGGAAAAGCUUCUUUCAGAGGUCACAUCUUAUUUCCCAUCAGAGGAUCCACACUGGAGAGAAACCCUACAAGUGCCUUGUCUGUGCGAAAGGUUUCAGUCAGACCGCAAACCUUAUUUCCCACCAGAGGAUCCACACGGGAGAGAAACCCUAUAAAUGCCUUGACUGUGGGAAAGGUUUCAAUCAGGGUUCGCAUCUUAUUAGGCAUGAGAGAACCCACACGGGCGAGCAACCUUAUAAAUGCAUGUACUGUGGGAAAGGUUUCAUUCAGAGCUCACAUCUUAUUAGGCAUGAGAGUACCCACAGAGGUGAAAAACCCUAUAAAUGUAUGUACUGUGCGAAAAACUUCAUUCAGAGCUCAGAUCUUAUUAGGCAUGAGAGAACCCACACUGGUGAGAAAUCCUAUAAAUGUCUGGACUGUGGGAGAAGCUUUGUUCUGAGCUCAGAUCUUAUUUCACAUCAGAGUACCCACGCGGGAGAAAAAACCUAUAAGUGCCUGGACUGUGGGGAAUGUUUUAAUCAAAGCUCAUACCUUAUUUCACAUCAGAGAAUGCAUACAGGAGAGAAACCCUAUAACUGCCCUGAGUGUGGGAAAACAUUCAACAGGAACUCAAAUCUGAUUUCACAUCAGAGAACUCACACAGGAGAGAGACCGUAUAAGUGCCUGGACUGUGGGAAAAGGUUUAUUGACAAGACAGCCCUUAUUAAACAUCACAGAAUCCAUACAGGAGAGAGACCCUAUAAAUGCCUUGACUGUGGGAAAAGUUUCAAUCAGAGUUCACAUCUUAUUCGGCAUAAGAUAACCCACACGGGGGAGCAGCCCUAUAAAUGCCUGGAAUGUGGGAAAAGUUUUUUUCUGAGCUCAGAUCUUAUUAGGCAUGAGAGGACCCACAGAGGUGAAAAACCCUAUAAAUGUCUGGACUGUGGGAAAAGUUUUGUUCUGAGCUCAGUUCUUAUUUCACAUGAGAGGACGCACACAGGAGAGAAACCCUAUAAAUGCCUUAAGUGCGGGAAAAGAUUCAGCUGGAGCUCAAAUCUGAUUUCACAUCAAAGAACUCAUACAGGAGAGAGACCGUAUAAGUGCCUGGACUGUGGGAAAAGGUUUAUUAACAACUCAGCCCUUUGUAAACAUCAGAGAAUCCAUACAGGAGAGAGACCCUAUAAAUGCCUCGACUGUGGGAAAAGUUUCAGUUGGAGAUCAACUUAUAUCCGACAUCAGAGAAUCCACAUGGGAGAGAAAUCUUGAAUAUGGGAGAAGCUUCAGCUGGGGUCAGCUUGUAUCAGGCAUCAGCAAACCCAUACAGAGUAUAGACCUCUUAAAUAUCUUUAACAUGGAAAAUGCUUCAAGUGGAAUUGACAUUGGAGACUCCACACAGGAGAGAAAUUCUAUCAAUUCCAUCCCUAGGACUGGCCAUAGUGUCUUAAAAAAUAAAUCCAAUUGCCUUGAACAUAUCUUUGACUUCUUUCAUGCUAAGUCAGACUUGUGAGGGCUGCUGAUGAAAAUGUUGACAGGUUUCAGAGGGGUAGCCGUGUUAGUCUGUGUCAGCCAGAAUAACGAGGAGUCCUUGUGGCACCUUACAGACUAACAAAAGGACUCCUCGUUGUUUUUGAUGAAAAUGUUGCGGACUUGGAGGGGAGUUUCAGUGAAUCCUCGAUACUGUGCGAUCGUUCUGAACUUAAUUCCCGGAUUCCAUCUAUGGGAAAAGCAGCUUGUGGGCUUUUUCCUGCCCAGCUCAGGUUGUUUGCAGAUGGGAAUUUGAGUUUUCUCCUUUCGUUAGGAUGAUGUUAAAACUUUUGUAACUAACGUGCUCAUAUAAGAAGGCUACUUUCUGAGAUCUGUCAUUUAGCCAGUUCUCAAUCCAUUUAAUGUGUGCUUUAUUGAUAUUGCUAUUUUUUUAACCAGAAUGUGAUGCAGUAAAAUGCCUUAAAAAAGUUUUAAGUGUAUUCCAUCUACCCAGUUAUCUUUACCAACCAAAUGUUUAAUCUCCUCAAAGAAUGAAAUCAGAUUUGUUUGACAAGACCUAUUUUCUAUAAAGCAUAUUGACUGGCAUUAAUUAUGGUCCUAUUCUUUAAUUAAAUAUUAAUUAUAUCCCAAACUACCUUUUCCAUUAUUUUACCCAGGAUUGAUAUCAGGAUAAGUGGCCUAUAGUUAUCCAGGUCAUACCAUUUGCCUUUUUGGAAUUCUUCAGGAAUGUCCCUGUUAUUCCACGAUUUUUUAAAAAUUAAUAUCUUUGGGGCAAAGUUCUCCUCAGAAAGCUCUUUUAGAGCUGUGAGGUGGAAGUUAUCCAGGGCUAGCUGAUGGGAAAAUGUUUAUCCUUAGUAAAUGUUGUUGAACAUCCUCCUUAGUUACUAAUGGACUGGAAAGUAUUUCUUCAUCUUCAUGUGAUACAAGCACAUCAUUCUGUUUCUUUCCAAACACAGAACAGAAAUCUUUAUUAAACACUUCUGCCAUUUUUGCAUCCCUAUUAACAAUUUUACUAUCUCCGGAUAGUAAUGGGCCUAUACCAUUGUUAGGAUUUCUUUUGUUCCUAAUAUACUUUACCAACUCCUUCUUACUGCCCUCAGCCCUGCCAUCCAUGGGUUAUUCCCUGAUGUCUUUAGCUUCCCAUAUCAAUUUUCUACACUUCACAACUUCUAAUGUAUAUCAAUUGCUAUCUAUUUCCUCUUUUUUCCCUUCAUUCUGUGUUGCUUUUUUAUUUCUAAUUGCUGCCUUUACUUCACCAUGGAACCAGGAUGGGCUUUUAGUCAAAGUUGUCCUCUUUCUCAACUGUAGAAUCAUGUUGGGUUUUUGUUUGUUUGUUUGUUUGUGUUGUUGCCAUCUAAUAACUCUUCUUACAGAAAUCCCCAUUUUCAAUCACAUUUUUUCUAUCCAAUUUUUUCUUCCCAGUCAAUUUUGCUCAUAAUUUUCCUUAGCUUUGGGAAAUUUCUCUUUUUGAAGCACCAAGCAUAUAUAUAUAUAUGUUACUGGUUGGGACUAACCUUUGUUUGCCCAGAUUGAAUGUAAUCAGGUCAUGAUCACUGAUCCCUAGGCAAUCACCUACUUCCAGGCCAGUGGUUAUCUAUCGUGAGGUCCAAAAUAAUUACCUCAUUUGAGGGGCAAUAUCUUUUGUUUUAAAAAACUGCCAUUUAUAAUUUUUAGACAAUCUCAUGAUGUUUUACCCCUGGCUACAUGAAACCUCCAGCAUAUGUCUCCCAAACUGGAGUAAUCCAUAAUCAACACAAUUUUUCUUUCCAGAAAUUACAGACAGGUGCUUAUGGAGUAACUCCUCUAGUUUGAUUCAAUGGCCUAUCACAGACCCACACCAGGAUCUUCUCCUGGGCUUUGUAAGUUAGCACAUUGAGCCAUGCACCAACAUUCUGACCCAUACAGCAGUAUUGGCUCAACAGUUCUCUCAUAUGUGCUGAUUUUUAUAUUAAAAUGUUUUUGGCCCUGCAUACCUUGUGGAGUUGGAGUAUGAGGAAAGCUAAUGGGUGAAAAGAUAUUGACUGCAGAAAUGAGCUGGUUGAUGGGACUAUUGAGAGCUUCAAGACUGCAGAAAAUAAAAGAUGAAGUGGUAAGAAAAUGUGUAGGGCAAGAAAUAAUGCUUUUACAGAAGAUUAAAGAAAGACAACUUGCAACUGGGUCAAGAAUGGACCAGAAAUCACACAUGGCGCUUGUGACAGUCUGUAACCUAACGUUCACCCCUUUUACAAGACUCGGAUACAUUUUGUACAAAGUAUGCCUUGUGAGGUAUUAUUUGAAAACUCAUAAUUUGCUGAACAUUAUUGCCCUGGUAAAAUAUGUGUGGCAACAUUUUAUGUAAAGUUAUAAGAUUCUACUGUAUGACGUGACUGAGACAUGUUCCAAGUUUAGAAAAGCAGGCACAAACCAGUUCCUCAGAGGCAUAGGGCAAACUGAUGCUUUAGCCAGGUGUCAGUGAAAUCAAAUGGACUGUCACUUGGCUAAGCGGCCAUUCUUUGGUAGGAAAAAGGGUGUGAGUGAGAAAUUUAUAUCUUGGCUAAGAAACAGCUGGAGGUUCCCGUCCCCACAGAUUUUUUUCUGUCUCCUGAGCCCCAGCUGGAGUUCAUUCUCAAAGAGCAGAAAAAUGGAUAAGCGUCAGAACAGACACCCCAAGUGAUCUCCCCUUUCUGUCCACAGCAGCCACAACACCUGAAGAAAAGACACCACUUUGAAGUGGGGGAGGGGUCCUGGCUGAAAGGAUUCCAGCCAGCCAGACUGCUAAAGCAUGUGGUGAGAGAGAUUUUUUGCUUUACAUUCAUUUCACUUGUUAAGUUAGGUAAUAGUUGCGUUUUACCUUGUAUUUCUUUGUAACCAACUCUGACUUUUAUGCCUCGUUACUUGUAAUCAUUUAAAAUCUACCUUUCUGGAGUUAAUAAACCUUGUUUUAUUGUUGUAUCUAAACCAGUGUGUUUGGA